AUGUCAUCAUCUUCCGGUCUACCUGUCAUUCUAUACUGUUAUGAUGGAUCCCCAUUCUCCCGAAGAGUGACUUGUUACCUUGCGUUGCGGGAUAUUGGUUACAUGAAAUGUAUUCAACCUCGAAUCCUUCCACGGCCCGAUCUCGCCCGCUUGGGAGUUCAUUAUCGGCGGAUUCCUGUCCUCUCUAUAGGCCGUGACAUUUACCUUGACUCUCGUCUCAUUCUCCAGAAGCUGGAAGACCUCGCGCAGGACGGACCUCAUUUCACACCUGAUGCAAGCCCAGAGUCCAAAAUUCUCUCUCGGUUAUUCGAGACUUUGGUGAUGGAUGCUGGUUUAGUAAGAUAUGUGGUCAUCAUUUUGCUGGCUAGCUCGCCGGCUCUGAGCAAUUCGGUGUUUCUGAAAGACCGAAUGGAUUUGAUUGGUGAUACUAUUCCACUGAAUGAAGAAGCACUAAUGGCCGCCCGACCAGAGGCAAUCAACGAGGUGAAGAAUAUCAUCGCGCUUUUAGAAACAACGCUCCUGGCCGACGGCCGCGAAUGGAUCAUGAAUACAAAGACUCCUAGCUUGGCGGACAUUGAGAUGUCAUGGCCCCUACACUGGGUUUUUACAACACCGGGGUGUUUCGCAGAGAACGAAAUCUCAUCGAAGGUCUUCCCUCAAGUCUUUGGAUGGGUUGAAAGACUGCAAGCCAUGGUUUCAGCGCGAGAAGCCCAAUUAUCGAGGCCUCGAGAACUCUCAGGAGAGGAGGCUGCGGAACAAAUCGUCGCAUCCGCAUACAACGAAAGCCCAAGCCAGGAACAAAAUAAUUCGAGUGAUCUACAACAGGGGCAAUUAGUAGAGCUUUGGCCGACCGAUACAGGCUCACGACACAAAACGUUGGGGAGACUCAUUGGUUUGAAUAGCAAGGAAUUGACGGUUGAAACAAUUGGAGAUAUGAGUGUGAGGGUGCAUGCUCCACGGCACGGGUUCAAGGUGGCUGCGUACAAUGAGAAGUAA